GCAAGUGGAGCAAAAGUUCAACCGGUGAUCGAGUAUCCGAGUACGAGUACUGACAAGUAUUCGAAGUAAUUCGAAGGAGGCACUUAGCAAGCACCGAGGCCGCGUCGGCCGCGAAUCUCAUGUGAUCAGCUGCGUUUUCACGCGGAAGUAGCAGCGUCAUGGGCCUGUUCUCGGAUCCGCUUCUGUUUGUAAUCGCGCUCUUCGACACGGGCUGUGUGCUAUUUCUUCUAGUGUAUUAUAUUAUAACACUGUCAGAUCUCGAGUGUGAUUAUCUGAAUGCACAAGAAUGUUGUUCCAAAUUAAAUAUGGGAGUUUUGCCGAAGUUGAUAGGACAAACGUUUGUGGUAUUUCUGUUAUUGAUACACGGACAGUUUAUAUUAACACUGGUGAAUGUACCGAUGACAGUUUGGUUGUUUUAUGAAUACUUUAGUGUUCCCAGUGGUAAUUUGGGAGUUUACGACCCCACAGAGAUUCACAAUCGCAGCAAGCUGAAGAGAUACACACGUGAUUGCAUGAUUCAUAUUGGAUAUUGCAUUGUACUCUUUUUCAUUUAUCUUUAUUGCACGAUUAUGGCACUGCUCAAGGGAGAUCCCAUCAAUAGAAACGACGACAUGAUAGAUUUGUAAACAUACAAAAAUUAAGGCAAAAAAACCCCUUUUAUAUGUAUAUAUA